CUGCCAUGUUUCCCCGUCCGUUUGGACCUUCCAAGCUUCCGGGCAAUGCCGACAUCGGGUUCGCUCACUGCUCUUAUCGAUCUGGUCAACAGUGACUGACUAUACGAUAAGCCCCACACUGAGAUAGUGAAGCUAUUGACCAUCAAUGAUCGCAAUAUGAGACCAAGGUGACUUCGGUGAGAGGUAUAAAAGGCUUGCAAAUGUCUGUUGCAGUAGGUUGUAGCUUCGUUCAUCACCAUUCUCCAUCAUUAUCAUGGCUGUCAAGUCUGUCAUCCUCUCUGCAUUGGCGACUCUGGCGUCGGCCUCGCCUCUUCUCCGUACCCGGGGCAGCAAUACCACGACAUAUGUCUUCACCAAUUCCAAUGGCCUGAACUUCACUCAGAUGACCACUUCUUUGCCCAAUGUGACUAUCUUUGCUACAGGAGGAACUAUCGCCGGUUCGGAUUCUAGUUCGACGGCGACGACCGGAUACACCUCGGGCGCCGUCGGCGUCUUGACUCUCAUCGAUGCCGUACCGUCUAUGCUCGAUGUUGCCAAUGUGGCUGGGGUUCAGGUGGCCAAUGUGGGCAGUGAAGAUAUCACCUCCGACAUCCUGAUCUCCAUGUCCAAGGAUAUCAACCGGAUGGUGUGUGAGGACCCGACUAUGGCUGGGGCUGUCAUCACCCAUGGGACAGACACCCUGGAAGAGACAGCCUUCUUCCUUGACGCAACGGUUAACUGUGGCAAGCCGGUCGUCAUCGUGGGUGCGAUGCGUCCCUCGACUGCUAUCUCGGCCGAUGGACCUUUCAACCUGCUCGAGGCUGUGACGGUGGCGGCCUCGCCAAAAGCCCGCAACCGGGGUGCUAUGGUGGUUAUGAACGACCGCAUCGCCUCCGCCUACUAUGUCACCAAGACCAACGCCAACACCAUGGAUACCUUCAAGGCCAUGGAGAUGGGCUUCUUGGGUGAGAUGAUCUCCGACAACCCAUUUUUCUUCUACCCGCCUGUCAAGCCCACCGGAAAGGUUUCCUUCGAUAUUGCCAAUGUGUCGGAGAUUCCACGUGUGGACAUUUUGUUCUCAUACGAGGACAUGCACAAUGAUACAUUGUAUAACGCCAUUGAGAGUGGGGCUAAGGGCAUUGUCAUUGCUGGUGCAGGAGCCGGUGGCGUCACUACUCCAUUCAACGCUGCCAUCGAGGAUGUCAUCAACCGGUUGGAGAUUCCGAUCGUGCAGAGUAUGCGCACCGUGAGUGGGGAGGUACCCUUGUCCGAUGUCAGGAGCGAUAUUGCUACUCACAUUGCCAGUGGUUACCUCAACCCCCAGAAAUCUCGCAUUCUUUUGGGUCUGUUGUUGGCGGAGGCCAAGAACCUUACUGAGGUUGCCGAGGUGUUUGCUCUGGGCACGAAUUAUUAG